CUGUGUGAUUGAUGAUCCAAUUGGUCCUAGCCGGCCAUUCGGGUGGUAUGUUCGAGAGGCAGCAUCGGAUGGUUUGACGCUUGGGGGCCUCACAUCGGCUUUACGGGCAACCUGAACAGUCUGAAGUUGCCACAAGGCGAGCACAUGCUGCCAUGUAUAUUAUCGGUCAUUGGAAAGGACUGCAUCAAAAGAAGGGUUGUCCAAAGAUCAGCUACCUUAAACACCUGUGCGAAUAUAUCCAGGACACGCAUUGCAGACGGUACAAGCUAGACCCACUCAAUGGCACCAUCGACCCGAUUGAUUUAUGUCGGCCUGGUUGCUCAAUGAACCGGAGAGAGGAAGUCCAAUUCAUCGACUCUUUGUCCUGGGGUCGUCAGUUCCCCAAGCCUCCGAUGUGCUUUUGUAUCUCUGGAAGUGCAUCGGCAUGCAUAGGCUUGAAAGUGGACAGAGUGAUAGGCGUCAAGAUGAAUUACCAACGACCGACCCGAAUAUAUCAGGAAAGAACCCGGUCUCCGACGCCUGUUCAAUAUCAGUGGAGCGAAAUCUUGCCCUACCCAGUUUUCCUGAGGCGUACAUUAGACGCCGAAGAUGCGUGGAAGGUUUGUCUCAGACAGGCAGUCUUGGGUCAGAGAUUGAGACCGACGGCAUAUGAAGUCGAACUCUCAAUGCCCACAAAGCUGAUUGCCAAUGGAUCCAAGUGACCGAGCGUCGUGUGGUUGAUUUCGGCACCACCACUGGAGAAUCGAGGAGUUCAUUUCGUGGACAUUGGACGAUGUGAUCCUAGAAUGGAGGUUCACGCUGGGAAAUGCUGUGUUGGGAGGCUCAGUCGCCCCUUUUCUCGCGCAACAUGCUAGAGCCACGAUCUGUCAGCAACGGCAAAGUGCAAUUAUGAGCUGCCGCGGGAUUUCGAUCACACAAUGUUCUCUGUGUCAAACACCUCUCCAGCAAGCAUUUAGCCGUGUUGAAAUGGUGCUGGC